UCACUGACGCCAACCGAAAUUCAAUUUUGGUUAUUUCAAAUAACGCAAUUAAUUGACACUUUGCUGUCAAAUUUUUGAAAACUGGAAGCAUGGGAGUGGACUACUACGGCGUUCUACAAAUUCCCAGAACUAGCACGGAGCUGGAAAUCAAAAAGGCUUACAGGAACCUUGCUUUGGAAUUUAACUGCGAACGGUGCAAAAUCCCCAAAGCCUAUCAGGUGUUUGCGCUGAUUGGGGAAGCCUACGAGGUUCUGAGCAAACCGCUGCUCAGAGCCGUGUUUGACCAGUAUGGAGAGGAGGGGCUAAAACGCGGGGUUCCCGGACCGGAUGGGUACAUUGCCGGCUAUCACUAUCAUGGUGAUCCAAUGCAAACCUACAAGGACUUUUUCGGCACGACUUCCCCCUACGCUGACUUGCUGGAUGUGCUGAAAAACCCGCCACAACUGUGCAAAACAACAGACGGCAUUCAGGUGUGCAAAAAACAGCCUCCCAUUCGCCACCCUUUGCAACUGACUUUGCAUGAGGUUUUCUUCGGUGGGGUGAAGAAAAUGAAGAUUCAUCGGCUGGUGUUCGUUAACGAGGAGCGCAAUAAAACCGACAUCCGAGAGAAAAUACUUACGAUAACAGUGAAACCUGGAGUGCGAGCCGGCACGGAAAUAGUCUUUGCUAAUGAAGGCGACCAAAACCCUGCACAUAUUCCCGCUGACGUGAUCUUCAUCACUGAAGACCGACCACAUGAGCUUUUUGUGAGGCAAGACGACAAUCUCAUCUUAACAACGACGAUCAGUUUAGAGCAGGCAUUGGUUGGGACAAUGGUAACUGUUCAUACUAUCGACCACCGGACAAUUCGAGUGCCUAUUACAGACGUAGUUUCGCCCACUUAUGAGAAAACCGUCGAGAACGAAGGCCUACCCAUUCUGGACAAAUACCCACUAAAAGGGGACUUAAUUCUAAGAUUUGACAUCGUUUUCCCUGUGUACUUAACGCGAACUAGUAAGGACCUGAUAAAAAAUGCAUUUGCAGUAUCGCAAGUGGGAAAGGAUAGCCACGAAGCCAUUAACAAGCUGGUGCUGGCUGAUAAAAUCCUAAGAGUGGAGCGCGAACAACAGUUGCCACCCAUUUAGCAUUAACGUAAAAACCAAACAAGUUCGAGUUAAAACGAUUAUUAUUGGUUUCAUGACUGUUGUCGAAUAACUGGAAAUUACACGGUUUCUAAUACACA